AUGGAUUUUGUGCAGAGUCACAUGGGCAAGAACACAUAUAUUAUAACAUCAUGUGCUACUGCAUGUGACAGUUCUGCAUUAGAUUAUGGAUUGGUCAAGUCAAGGAAAGAUUUUCUGGAGUUGUAUGUGGACAUUGCCGGAUCAGAGGAUGUUCCAUUACUGGUGAGGUCAGUUGCUUUAAAUUCUCCCUGUCUUGCAUCAACUUCUAUCGCUCAUGCUUCUCCAGUUGGUAACAUUUAUGAGGGAGAUGAAAAUGAUCCGACUUGGGUUAUGCAUGACGACAACGACAACGAUGAUGAUGAAAAUAUCGCAAUGGAAGAAUGUCUUUUGGUCGAGGAUGCUAGUGCUUCAGAAAGAUAUGAAGGUGGUGAUAUGGACGCGUCUGAAAUCACAGGGACAAUGCUGUUAUUCCUUUUUGGGAAGGAAUUUUGCAUUACAUACAUAUUGAUUGUAGUUAUCGGAGCGAACAAGAAUCAUGCACUGAUGGUUCGGUUUCAGGAUCGGGAUCAAUACAAGGUCCGUGGCAACUGGGUGACAAGUUGCCUGUGGCGCGUUAGGGCGAUAAAACCAGUGUUUGGUAAAAAUUGGAAGAUUACCAGAUGGAGUGGGGAUCACAAUUAUUUGAAUGACCACAUUUCUCAGGGUCAUAAACAGCUCGAUGCUGACAUCAUUGCAGAGCUCGUUCUAUGGAUGAUAAGGGAAGAACCAUCAGUCUCAAUUGCAUUGGUUCAGGAAAAGAUAACCUUUAAACAUGGAUUUAAAGUUUCGUACAGAAAGGCAUGGUAUGCAAAGCAGGAAGGGAUUAUAAUUAUGUACGGUGAUUUAGAUGAAUCACAGUGUUGUAAGGCGUUCAAAUUUGCCAAACUAGUCAUACAGAUUGAUGGCACACAUUCAUAUGGGAAGUACAAAGGCAAAUUGUUGGUGGCCACAGCCCAAGAUGGAAAUGAAAAAUGCUUACCGAUUGCUUUUGCCAUCGUUGAAGGUGAAACCUUGGAAGCCUGGGACUAUUUCCUUGUUAAUAUCCGUGCUCAUGUUACGGAAAUGUCAAACAUAUGCAUCAUCUCCGAUCAACAUCGUAACAUAAUAUCUGCUGUGGAGAAUAACCGUAAUUGGCAGCCACCAAAUGCAUAUCACGUGUUUUGUAUUCGUCACAUUGCAAACGACUUCAAUCAGAAGUUUCGAAAUGACAGAUUGAAGCGGACAUUAAAGAAUUUAGGUUAUACUCCGUCAAUGGUUGACUUUGAAAGAGGUCUUGCGAGAUUAUGUGAAGCUAGUCCUCAGGUUGCUGAGUGGAUUGAUGCCAUCCCAAAUGAAAAGUGGUCGUGUGCAUAUGAUGUUGAAGGACGAAGGUAUGUUGAGAUAUACAGUCUCACAUUGGUUAUAUGUGCAACUAAUGUGGAGUUUAUAAAGGCUUUGGACACUCACACCCUUUGA